CACACACACACACACACACAGUGAAGAGGAAAAAUGAGCAAAAAAAUGGAUUCAUCUUCAUUAACAUGCAAGAAAUUAACAAUAAUUACAGUAUUAGCAGUUUUAAUCCAAGCAUUUGGUCUUGCUCUCUUUGUUCUUGGUUUCUUCCCUGUUAAGCCAGCACUCUCAGGAUUCAGUGGGGUUGAGAGUUUUUAUCCACCUGGAACAGAUUCAGCUGAGUUUCAUAAUACAACUAAUUUAUCAGAUAGUCAGCUCAAAUAUUUGUACCAGGAACUGUCUUUGGUGCCUCCUUUAUUUGACCGGUUGAUACUCAUGGUUAUUGAUGGUCUUCCAGCCGAAUUCGUGCUUGGGAAAGAUGGUGAACCUGCACCUAAGGCUUUCAAGGACGCUAUGCCAUAUACUCAAUCAUUAUUGAGUAAGGGGAGAGCAAUCGGGUAUCAUGCGAAGGCUGCACCUCCUACUGUCACAAUGCCUCGCUUGAAGGCCAUGGUUUCUGGUGCAGUUGGGGGAUUUUUAGAUGUUGCUUUCAAUUUCAACACACAAGCUCUGUUGGAUGACAACAUAAUUGUUCAAUUCCUAAAAGUUGGUUGGAAAAUGGUGAUGCAUGGUGAUGAGACAUGGCUUAAGUUGUUUCCUGGAAUGUUUUCGAGGCAUGAUGGUGUUAGCAGUUUCUUUGUUAAAGACACUGUCCAAGUAGAUCAAAAUGUGUCUCGACAUUUGGUUGAUGAACUUAGUCGUGCUGACUGGAGUCUUCUGAUUCUUCAUUAUCUUGGCUUGGAUCACGUUGGACAUCUUGGUGGGCGCAAUAGUGUGCUGAUGGCCCCCAAACUCGGAGAGAUGGAUGAAGUGAUCAAGACGAUCGUUCUAAAUUCUUUACCUACCAACAAUAAUGAUCAAGGACGGACACUCUUGUUGGUAGUAAGUGACCAUGGAAUGACUGAAAAUGGAAAUCAUGGAGGAUCAUCAUUUGAGGAAACUGACUCUUUGGCACUUUUUAUUGGUCCAACAACUUUUGGAAGUACAUCAGGCAAUCCUAAUAAAGCCAACCAGGUGGACCUUGCUUCAACUUUAUCUCUUCUUUUUGGUGUCCCGAUACCGAAGAACAAUGUUGGCAUGUUGAUGGCAGAAACUUUUAAAUCGUUAACAGUUGACCAACAGCUGAGGUUAUUGGAGUUGAAUUCUUGGCAAUUGCUUAGGCUACUUGAAGCGCAAUUACCUGGUUUAGUAUGUGAAAACUUCUCAUGCGACGACUUCAGGGAUGAUAAAUCUGAGAGGACAAGAGGUUACAGUAGUCUGGAAGAGACCUUUUGUUGUUUGUAUAUGAAGGCUGCAGAUCUUCAGAGAUCUCGCAAAUCUGGGGAACAGAAAAGUGAGGACAAUUUUCACAGUACUCUUGUGGCAUAUCAUAAUUUCUUAAGAACUGCAAGUGAGUGGCUAUCUCAUAGAGCAACUGAUAAACCUGUUGGCCGGCUUAUAUUUGGAGUAGCAGCUAUGCUCGUUUCAUGUUUGAUACUGCUAAGCCUUCUGUUUCUUCUAGGGAAGCAAGUUUUUUCUGAGCAGAAUCAACAGUUUUCUAGUGCCAAUCACUACCUGAGCUGGCGGCAUUUGGAUGAAAUUUUUAUUGUGGUGGUAAUCAUUAUUGUUGUCAUGAGCAUGGGAUCUAGUUCUCUGGUGGAGGAAGAGCAAUACAUAUGGCAUUUCAUGACAUCCUCGCUUUAUUUGUUAUCUCUCCGAAAAGUAAUGCAGCAAAAUACAAAUAAUUAUAUCCAGAUUUGGUCAACUUUUGUGAUUCUAAUUUCUGGGAGAUUUUUGAGAGGAUGGCAUCAAGGUGGUGUUAAUUGGACUCAUCUUCCUGACAUUUCAAAAUGGUUGGAGCAAGCAGGAAGCCCUUAUAUAAAAUUGUUCCAGCUGGUUUCCGGGAACCUCUUAAUCAGCAUAAGCUUAGUUUCUCUUCUGUGGUCCCGAAAGUUGAAAAAGAACUUUGUGACUGUGGUUGCCUUGAUGCACUUAUUCCCAGGGUUGCUUGUUCUGCAUUAUAUCACUAAAUAUCAAGAUGUUGCAUUCAGUACAGGUAGUUAUGAUGCUACUUUAAUGGCUCAGAUAAUUUAUGCAGUCCUAGGUUUCUGUUCAACUAGUAUCGUUGUUGCUGUACCAUGGUGUAUUCCUCUCCAAAAUCAUACGCUUUCUGUGCACCAAAGAAAGGCUUGGGGUUCAUGUUUUAGGGAUUCUGCAUAUGUGAUUGGCUUGAGUUACGUGUACUAUUGGUCUCUUUUACAGCUAUUGCUGCAGCAGCCUAUAAACUCAAUGCCUGUACUAUUUCUAUUCCUACAAGUACUAGCUAGCAUUUGUCAUGGUUCUACUUCCAACCAGCAUCUAAGGCAAUGGGUUGAGGUUGCUGCACUUUAUUUUAUGGGAAUGGCAGGCCAUUUUGGUCUCGGCAACACCAACACCCUAGCUACAAUCGAUGUUGCUGGGUCUUUUAUUGGUGUCUUGAAUCACUCAACUGUACUUUGCGGCAUCUUAAUGUUCAUUAUUACGUAUGCUUCACCAAUGUUAUACCUCCUUAGCAUGGUGAUGUACUCUUCUGCAAGUGGUUUCAUAGUUUCCCAGAAAGGCGACUUUGGAUCGUUGCUCAAGAGGACACUUGGUUUUCCUUGUCUGGUCCCAUUGGGCUUGAAUUCUGUCCUUUUGAUAUCUUACACAAUUGUGUUGCUGCUAAUGAGGAAUCAUUUAUUUGUUUGGAGCGUAUUUUCGCCCAAGUUCAUGUACGUUUGUGCUAUGACAGUUUGUGUCUGUCUUGGUGUAUCUGUUGUAGCUUCAACUGUGAUCUAUAUCUGUUUGGUAUUGGCAUCCCGAGAAAAGUUGCACACUCAUACAGACUAGUCUCAAGAAAGAGCGUGGCAUACAACUAACCGGAUCCAAGUGUUCUUCCAUCGAGAGGUAUGCCAGUUGCUUUAGCCUUUAAGGUGAUCUAAACAUUCUGGGGAAGUUGUUGUGAAUUAGAAGGAAGCAUACUACGCCGAAAGCUAGAUUUCGCCAUAGCCUUCCACACUUCAACCAAUACAAUUUUGAUAGGAAAACUUAUACCAUAGCAGGUAAAUGAUUCUUUUUUCUGUUCAGUGGCCAAAAUGGUUGAUGGGAAACUGAGAACAUUGAGAUGCAGAUGUUGAUUAUUAGUUCGAAUCUGUUUUCUUGCCAUUUUCGCGUAGGUUAAAAUGAGUUUUGGCAGUUUCAAUGUAAUAUCUGUGUGGAAGUUUUAGUCCGUGAACACAUACCUUCUAGUCUUGAAAGGCUUUUAAUUUGUAAAUUGUGGUGUUCCUUUUAUAGUUUGCUAUUUUAUCAAUUUGGA